UUUCCUGUAUAACAGAUGCAGUUUUAAUGGGAUACACAGCAGAACAGUUCAACCUUUUACGACUGUGUCACAUCAUUUUCGAUAUUGUCCCGGAAGGUCUGCGAACAAUUUUUAAACAAGAAUGGGACAAAAUUACGCAUCGUGCAUGGAAGGACACAUAUUAUGACUUCAAGCUUUUCCUCGAAAUGGAGUCACCAUACAAACGCAAAAAAUAUUCAAAUCGUCUAAAGGUGAUGUCAAGUGGAGACAGAAAGGAUUGGGACUCCUCGUGUUUGAUAUAUGCAAUAUUGUACUCGGACACUAUGAGGGAGAAAAUAAGUCUUGUAGCGAUGGACAAUGUAGUUAUUCUGCGUGACAUCCUUAAUGAAAUGAAGCACAAACAUACUAAGCUGAAUGACAGGGAAUUUCACAUGCUAGUAGACCUUGAGAAUGCAACCAGAAAUGAGAUUCCUAUCGAGAUCGCUUUACGUGGACCCAAAGCUAUAGGAGCUUUUGAGAAAGCACUCUUAAAUGGUAAUGUAAAACUUAGACGGCUAUUGGUUAUGCUCAUUGGACAGUCUGGCGCUGGGAAAACAAGUUUACUGAAGUCUUUUAGAGGGGAGAAGUUUGACCCCAACGUGGAUAGUACUAAAGGUGUAGUCUUAAAUCGGUGCUGUUGCAAGCUGUUGGACGAAGCUUGGACACCAGAUAGCGCUAUUAAAGACCAAAUUUCCUUUGAAGCAAAUAUGUCGAAAAGUAUUGCGAAGAAACAUGUGGAUCAAGCAAAAAAAACCAUUCAAACUUACAAAAGGUCAAAGGUGAAGUCAGACAUCAAGAGAAAAGAAAUGUAUUCCUUACGGGAGACAAGUGGAAGUGAGAAAAAAAGAUAUGCUGUCGAGAACCCAGUAGAUCAUCACCCAAGAAACCUAAAUGUUUCUUCGCAAAGUGCAGAGAACAGCGAAAUUUCCUUAAGCUUGAAUAGUGCUUCCCAAAAUGCAGAGAACGAUGAAGUUCCCUUAAGCUUCGAUAGUGCUGAAACCAAAGAUGAGUUAUUUAAACGAGCCAACGAUACUCUCACAAAUCCUAAAGAAGCAAACACUGAUGAUAUAAUUUGCACAGUAUUAGAUAUUGGCGGUCAGCCUGUUUAUGAUGUGAUUCAUCCAUUGUUCCUUUCAAGAAAAGGUGUUUUCAUCCUUACUCAUAGUUUGGAGAAUGAUACAAAUGAAGAAUCUAAAGUACUUGUAAGGAAUGGAACUGCCAAAAGAAAGCUAGAUAACAAUUGUUAUAUGACAAAUAUGGAUCAACUGUGGGUCUGGCUGUCAUUUGUUGGAUCACUGAAUGCGAUCACCAAUAAACGUGUACCUGUGCGUCCUCGUGUAUCUUCAAAUUAUCGAUUAAUGCCAAAUAAGCUACCACCUGUGUUCUUGGCGUGCACGCACAAAGACGAAGCAUUGAAGAAAAGACGAGAUCCCGAAGAAAUGGCAAGACAAAUUUUAAAGUACUUGGAAGGACACCCAUCUCGGGAACAUCUAGUUUCUGGAUUUUACCUCAUCGACAACACCGUGUCGGGUUCUUCUGAAGAUAAAGAAGUUAUAAAGUUAAGGAAAGACGUUUGCAGCGUCGCCAAAAGUCUUCCACACAUGAAUGGAGGGGAAUGCAUCAUCCCUACAAGGUGGCUUGCCUUUGAAAAGGAACUUAAAUCACUUGUUCAGAAAAAAAAGAGAUAUUUGCCCUUAGAGGAAGCAAAACGGAUUGCAUCAAAAUGCAAAGUCGUUGUUGACGUCGAAAAUUCAGAUGAGUUCAUUACUCUCGUAAGCUAUCUGCAUGAUAUAAGAGAGAUCAUCUACUUUGAAGGUACAAACACUGUCUUCACUGAUGUCGAAUGGUUAAUCAACAUGAUAAGAAAAGUAAUUACUGUUGAGCCAAUUGAAAACUGGCCAAGUGAACCAUCCUUACGAGCUUCCUGGAAGAAACUUGAGUACGAUGGCAUUCUGGAUGAGCAACUUCUGAACCAUGUUUGGAGUGAAGUAACAGUUGAGAAGGAGGUUACCACUGACGAUCUCUUGACGAUCAUGGAGAUAUUCUCGCUUGUAUACCGCUGGAAGAUUGAAGACAAACGAUACGUUUUCCUUGUCCCUGCCAUGCUGACGAACGCCAGUUCCCAAGACAUCUCUGAUCUCCUCAAAGACCAGAUGCCACCCCUUAUCGUGCACUUUCAGAGUUCUCAUCUUCCUCUUGGUAUCUUUCCAAGAAUACAAGUUAAGUUUGCAGAAUUCUGUAAUCGCAAGUGGCCACAAGCACGCCAACCGAAAUUCUACCACAACUUUUGUAGGUUUUAUAGAGUUGGCAAGGAUGCAAGCUUUGAUUUAGUCCUUACUUCUGAUAUCCGAGCUGUUUACAUUGGCACUAUCCAUGCCAAAGAAGCCGAAACAACGGACAACCAAAAACUCGGAGAAUUUUGCCAAGAGAUCUUGGAAUUCUUGAAAACCACACUGGUUGUCCAAAACUUCCCUUGGAUUGAAAGGAUGGAUUAUACGCUUUGUAUUCGCUGUUCCAUUUGCCAGCCAAGCUGCAAGAAUCCUCAUUUUCCGGGAUGUGCAAGAGAUGAAUGUGUACAUUUAAUCUCAGAGAGAGAAAUUCUUAAUACUAAAGAGGAGGAUCUUUUCUGCUUGAGAAAUCCAUUCAUGAGCGAUGUUAGCAUUCCGUAUGACCAUUACUUUCACUGGUUUCCGAAGCCAAGAAAGCAGAUCCCUUUCAAACCGGUGCCAAUGGACAUAUCUACAAGAACAGCCUUAAACAUAAGCGAAGAGAUGAAAAGAUGGCUAGUUGUUGGUAUCGCUAUGAUGAAAGUUUUGCUGCCCACCUUGCGACGUUUUAUGCAGGAGAGGAUAAGAACACACUACCAUCGUCUGAAAGACAGAAACAACAUCCACACCCAAACUCGGUAUGAAUAUCUAGUCGAGGAUGGCGUCUACGAGCUGAAUUAUGGAAACAUCAACGGAAACAGCAGAUGGAAGGAUCAAGAAAUACAUUUUGAGUACAAGGUCAAAUCUGAAGUUGACUUGGCGAAAUUAUAUUGCUUGGAUUUCAUGGCUAAAUUCUCUGGGUUUGAUGAAUCAUGUGACCUAUCAGCAGUUUUGAGAAUAUUAGGCAUGUCAGGUGCCUUUUUAAAGAAGGUUCGACGUACUGCACAUCGUUUGCGUGAAGACGUACGUAACGAAUGGGGUCAUUGUAACUUAACUGAAUGGAAUGAAGAGAAGUUUCAAGGCUGCUUUCAGGUGAUGCAUAGUAUGGUUGAAACUCUUGAGCUAGCCGCCGAUCAAGAGGAAGAGUUGUUGCAUCAAUUAGAAGAAUUGGAAAAUACAGGUGUUGAAAGGUUUUGCUUUGGUAGCCCAGUUGACGCAGCGCUGUUGAACCUUGCCCAAAAUGAUGUGACCUUGGUACAAAGAGAAGUGCAAUAUCUCAGACAAGCAGAACGCAAACAAAUCGAAGAGUUCGAUCGAAUUUCCUGUGUUUUAGAAGGAGUUUUCAAAAAUCUCGAAAAUCUUGAGACGAGAAUGACUAACCUAGAGCAACGAGUGAUGGAACUAGAAAUCAAUUAUAAGAAGUGAAUUGUUAUCGGUACAUUAUCGAACCACAGAUUACGUAGUUUAAUUGCCCUAUUGGAUAAUUAUGUCACACCAAAACAUUCUAUUGUUUUAACCCUAAGAAUUAUGGUUGCCAGAGGGGGUCAGAGUGACUGCCUAUCAAAUGAAGAUGUAGAUGAGCAAUCAUUGAUAGAUGAUACACCUACUUGCAGAAACGUUGUCAUAAAAAAGAACAUUUGAAUUUAGUAAAAAGGAAUAAAAUUAAAACAAGAAAAAAGAAAGCGUUCAGCCUCAGUUAUCUUCUUUUGUCUUUUUAAUUUACUCCUUUGUCAUAUUUUUUUAUGGCAACGUUUUCGCAAGUAGGUGUAUAUAUAAAAACUCGAUACAUUAAAGUUCUAGUUUCGGAAAGAAGGUCCAAAUUUAGAGUCUUUAUGAGCAUCUAUCCACAAUGUAAACAUACUGUGAGGUCAUUAUGGCAUAGGGCAAUUAGAAAAAUUUAGUCAAGUUAAUUUCUGUUCAGUACGUGAUGGGUGGGGUAUUCUGGGUAUUUUUGUUGUGACAUAUUCACGUGUUUUAGACUACAUCUCCCUGAUAUUUAGUUAAUAAGUUAAUAAUAGAUUUUGUAACAAUUUUCAUUGAUUCUUCAGCAGUUUUAUAGUUUGGUCAAGUUACUUGAACAUUUUCUAAUUAUUCUGCAAAUUCUAUAUUGAUCUUAACCCCACAGCAUAAAAAUUGCUGGAAAUUAAAACUACUGGUAAUUCAAAACUAUUUUUCCUGGUAAUUUGAAACUACUGGUACAUGACUUGGCAUAUUUCAAUUUCUAGACCAAACUAUAAAACUGCUGAAGAAUCAUAUCCUUAUUAUCGUAUUUUUAUAAGUAAUUACUUAAUUAGUAUAAGUUUAUGACGCAGUGUAGAAUUAUUAUCGUGAUCAAUAUUUAUAGAGUAAGCCAAGGUCGUCCUGAGCGGGGAAUUCCCCUCAGUAUGGAGUUAUGCCAUAAUUGGUUAUUGUUUUAGUUAGUAUCAAAUUAUUAUUUGGGUUUCGUCUAAUUUUGUAAAACGUACAUCAAGCAAUGUAAGAAUAAUAGUAGUCCGUCCAGAGCGUCAAACAAGCAUGUAGUAAUAAAACAGAACACAACAGAA